CCAGGAGCGGAGAUAGGGGGUGCGCAUGCGCGCCGCUGCUCCAGCGCAUCCGGGCUGGAGCUCGCCCGCCCCCUCCCCCGCCCGGAGCCGCCGAAGCGCCUCGGUGGGUUGCACCGCCGGAGGCUGGGCAGCUCUUAGCGCUGCUCGGCGCUGGACCCCACCCGGCCCGCGCAGGCCAAGCACACCCGGCCCUGUGCGGCUGCCCCCCCGCAGCAUUGCACGGCCGACCCUCGCCCGCCCACUGCCACCGGCUGCUGGACUGGCUGGGACUGGCUCGGCGCAGGGCACUGCUCCUCGGUGCAUUGCUGCUCGGGCGCCGCAGCCCGCAGCCGCCUGCCUCCCCCGGCCGUGCCCCUCCCCCGUGGAGCCGGCUGUCGGUCGGCGCCCACUGCCCGGCGGCAGCGGCAGAGCCAGGAAGCGCCGCGGCGGCCGAGCGCGCUCGCGCAUAGGGCCCUCUGGCCUUCCUUACCUAGGGCAGCCCGCGCCCCGGUGCGAGGGAGCGGUCCUUACCGAGACCCGCCCGGCCCGGCGGUGCAAUGAGCUUCUUCGGCUUCGGGCAGAGCGUGGAGGUGGAAAUCCUUCUGAACGAUGCGGAGAGUAGGAAGCGGGCCGAGCACAAGACGGAGGACGGGAAGAAGGAGAAAUAUUUCCUCUUCUACGACGGGGAGACUGUCUCCGGGAAGGUGAGCCUUGCCCUCAAGAACCCCAACAAGCGGCUGGAGCACCAGGGCAUCAAAAUCGAGUUCAUCGGGCAGAUCGAACUCUACUACGAUCGCGGGAACCACCAUGAAUUUGUGUCCCUGGUGAAGGACCUGGCCCGGCCUGGAGAGAUCACCCAGUCGCAGGCCUUCGACUUUGAAUUUACGCACGUGGAGAAGCCGUAUGAGUCCUACACGGGGCAGAAUGUGAAGCUACGGUAUACCAACAUCUUCCUGUACUUUCUGUUCCCCAGAUACCACUUGAAAGAUGUCAUUGUAGGGAAGAUAUACUUCCUGCUGGUGAGAAUCAAAAUCAAGCACAUGGAGAUAGACAUCAUCAAGCGAGAAACGACGGGUACAGGCCCCAACGUGUACCACGAGAACGACACGAUAGCCAAGUACGAGAUCAUGGACGGGGCACCAGUGCGAGGAGAGUCCAUCCCGAUCCGGCUCUUCCUGGCAGGAUAUGAGCUCACGCCCACCAUGCGGGACAUCAACAAGAAGUUCUCUGUGCGCUAUUACCUCAACCUGGUGCUGAUAGACGAGGAGGAGCGGCGCUACUUCAAGCAGCAGGAAGUGGUGUUGUGGCGGAAGGGUGACAUCGUACGGAAGAGCAUGUCCCACCAGGCGGCCAUCGCCUCACAGCGCUUCGAGGGCACCACCUCCCUGGGUGACGUGCGGACCCCCAGCCAGCUGUCUGACAACAACUGCAGGCAGUAGAGGCCCCCGGGGCCAAGAAGAUGCUGGGCGUCCACCCAGCACCCCCGUCUACCAACACCAGCGGCUGGGGGCGGGGGCGGACCUUGUGAGGCUCAGUUGACCCGUUACUUGCAACCUGAAAACAAAUCAUGUUUUUGACUUAAAUUCUUUUUUCUGGAGAAUCCAAGGGGCUUGGGGUGGGAAGCAGUCUCUCCUUGGGAUUCUGUGGCCGAUGUGGGAUAGGAGAGGUAGCAUCCUGGAAGCCAGCCCCUCUGGGGAACACGAGCCCCUUCCUCGCGGGGCUGCCUUGCGUCUUAGAGGAGGGAGAGCAGAGAGCACAGAGCACGCAUCCUUGGCUCCUGGCUCUCCGAGCUUCCUGAUACAGGAUCUGAGCAUGUCCCUGGGAUUCUGAGCUGCCAACAGGGCCCUGGGUGGUCACCUCUUGUACUCCCCUCUACUGUCCCUGAGGUAGUGGCAGGAGUUGGGCCAGCCACCACUAAAUGGCAGGGGGAAGACUCAUGAUUGGGAAGCUACCUCUUUGGGAAUCUUGGAUGUGGUGAUCUGAAGUUCCCACAGGCCACCUCCUUCCGGCCACUCACUGCUGGGACCCAGGCACCUCCCUUCUCCAUCCUCUCUGGAUUGUCAGUAAUGUCCUGGAACAGAAGCCUGUGGAAUGGCCUUGGGAACAGAGAAGCCCUGGGGUCAGUGUGGUGCAUGGAUGGCGGCAGUGUUGAACCCAGGAGGCUGAACCCAGCCACCAAGAAAGAUCAGUGCAUGGCAACUGCCUGCCUUCACGUCACUCCACUCGGUAACCCCAAGGUCUGGGCUGUUCUAGGUAUUACUCCAUGUGCCCCAACAAGCCCUUAACAAGAGGGCCUGUUUCCCUUAAGAAGCAAUCCCAGGAAGGGGCCUUGAUCCCUCCGCCUUGCUGAGAGGGAACCCUCGUCUCUCCUCACCCUCCAUUUCAUUUCUGGAAAUUGAGGUUUAGUUUCAAACCGUUGGCAAGGCUGUUCUUGCUAAUGCCCAAGCCCCUUUACCCCUCUCCCUAUAGGUUGCACAGGGGAGACCAGGGCCUCGGCAGAAGACUGCUGCCACACUUCCGGAUCAUUCUGCUUGCCAAAUAUGUCAUCUUCACCAGUUGACUGACCCAAGUUUAGGACCAUUGGUAUUGUGUGUUUAAAAAAACACAUAUAAAAAACUCUUGUGAGUAUUCUAGUUAUGCUAGAGAGGAAGGCACUUCUCCCUCUCUGGCUCUGCGCCGGGGCCUAUGGUAGCAAAGUUGUUUAGUGUCCUUUUUCUGCCUCCCCUGGAAAUGACAGGCAUUACUCUCCUAUUGGCCUCCCUUCCCUUUAUAGAAAGACCAAGCAGGUCCCACUGGCCAACAGGUGCAGCAUUUGGUGGUCGGAGUUCUCAGUAAUUUGGAAAGUUUAGGAGUUGGUUCCUGUGUCACCUUUCAGUUAGUGUGGGAAAGGAAGACUCCUGUUUUCCUGAGAUCAGUGCAGUCUCAGGCCUUUGACAGGGCUCAUGGAUCAGAGCUGAGACUGGAGGGAGAGGCAUUUGGGGUAGCCUGGGAGGGUGACUGGGGGCAGCAGAACCAAGGAAGGCAAGCUUGUUUCCCCCAUGCUGGGUCCUGUGUUCAGGUGCGACGCACAAUCCUCAUGGGAACAGGACCACCCAUGCGCUGCCCUUGAUGAUCAAGGUUGGGGCUUAAGUGGGUGAGGGAGGCAGGUUCUGGGUUCCUUGCCUUUUCAGAGCAUGAGGUCAGGCUCUGUAUGCCUCCUUUUCCUAGCUGAUAUUCUAACUAGAAGCGUUUGUCAAUUCCUUUGCCUCCCAACUGACAAAACACGUUCAUUUUCCAACCUUCCUAACAUCUUAAACCUUUCUUCUGGGAGAACUAGAAGGUAGAAUUUGCUUUGAUUCUCUCAGGCGCUGUGCACAAGCCAGGUCUUCUGUUUUCUCUUACUCUACCCACAGUCUUGCCUUCUCUAUCCAACUGUGAAAGUGAGGGGAGGCUCCUGUCCCCCUCUCUUAAGGUCCCCAAACCUGGGAGUGCAUAGGUACUAAAUCAAGCAGUGCAACUUGUAAUUAAGCAGCUGCAGUGUUUACAUGUUUCUUAAUGUGUCAUCUUUUCAAUGGCUGUAUUUUAAAAGAAGAACAUUUGUUUUAAUGGUCUUUCUGAUUAAAGGAAGCCCCUGUGGCUUUGGAGGCAUUGUGCCCAUGGUCCACCAA